CGUGCGUACAGGGGGGCGUGUGACGGCUCUUCCCGCCGUUGGGCGUGACGUCAGCACGUCGUGCGUCUUCGAAUGAAAGGAAACAAACACUAGAGAUCGCGGAGCUGUUCCUGGAAUAAGAGUGACAGUGCUGGCCGGAGGGGAGCGGGGCACAGCCGUGUCUUCUAAACUUGUCAUACAACGAGCUGCAGAACAUGUCUGGCUCUUCUGGACAGAAAAAAGGAGCGUUGCGUCAACAUAAAUGUGGAUUCUGCAGGUCGAACAGAGAAAAGGAAUGUGGGCAGCUACUGAUGUCCAAUAACCAGAAGGUGGCAGCACACCAUAGAUGUCUGCUGUUUUCUUCCGGACUUGUUUCCUCACAAUCUGACAGUGAAAACCUUGGCGGAUUUUCCAUAGAAGACAUACAGAAAGAAUUGAGAAGGGGCAAGAAACUGAUGUGUACCUUGUGUCACUGUCCUGGUGCAACAAUUGGGUGUGAGGUGAAGACGUGUUGCAGGACAUAUCACUACCACUGCGCUCUGCACGAUAAAGCUCAGAUACAGGAAAACCCCUCACAAGGACUAUAUCUGAUUUAUUGCCGGAAACACAAAGAACAGAUGCACAAUUCAGAAGAUGAAUUAGAAGAAGAAUUUGGUCACACAGACUUAAGUCCGUCACCUCGUAAACGUGGCAGGGGAAGGGGCUCACGUGGAAAGUCAAGGACUGCAAAUUCCAGAGGACAGGCUGAGGAGAGCAGGCUUACAUCUUCACACUGUACAGAGGAGACAGAAAGCAGCUCCAGUAGAGACAGGUCACCCCACAGAAGCAGUCCCUGUGACAGUAGACCGAAAUGUAGUUUCUGUCAUGCUGGUGAUGAAGAAAAUGAAACACGAGGGAAACUUCAUGUAUUUAAUGCAAAAAAAGCAGCAGCGCACUACAAGUGCAUGCUUUUCUCCUCUGGUACAGUCCAACUGACAACCACCUCAAGGGCCGAAGUUGGUGAUUUUGACAUAAAAACUGUGAUACAAGAAAUGAAACGGGGCAAACGCAUGAAGUGUACAUUGUGUGGCCUUCUAGGUGCUACCAUUGGAUGUGAAAUCAAGGCCUGCAUGAAAACAUAUCAUUAUCAUUGUGGCGUACAGGAUAAGGCUAAAUACAUAGAAAACAUGUCAAGAGGAAUUUACAAGCUGUAUUGUAAAAACCAUAGUGGAAAUGACGAAAGAGAUGAAGAAGAUGAAGAGCGUGAGAGCAGGAGCAAAGGGAACACAGCCGAUGUACAUGGCAAUAACAAUCCACCACAGAGAAUUCCUGGACACAGGAAGAAAUGUCUAGAAGUAGAUCGCCAGACAUUUUGCUUCCCAUGUGGCAGCAAAUAAAUGAAAUAUUUCUGACAUGCUGUAGCCUUUUUUUUUUAUUUUUUAUUUUUUUAUUUCUUUUGAUAAACUUUCUGACUUAUUUUUAUUUUUAUUUUUUUUUCCUCAAACAUCCCCUGUCCCUUGGCAUUCCAAUGAUCAGAAAAAAGACUUUUUAUAUGAGGAACGUCCAUAAAUACGGCACUAUUUUAUCGUUUGGUACAGCAAUAUUGUACAUGUCUAUUUCCCAGCAUAAAGACGCAAUGUAUUAUCAGAAUCUAGGGCUGUCUGUUGGUUAUUCUAGAAAGAAAUCUGUCUUUAGCUGCAAACACUUUAAACUCUACUCUAAUGGUAUGUUUACAUGUGGCAGACUCCGUGCAGACCUAUAGAUAGAUAUAUAUGUAUAUAUAGAUAUAUAUGUAUUAGACUUUUUUUAGUAAGAAUCCUUGCAGAAACAACCCCUUUCAAAUCUGUGAUGACAUUUCUCCAACAUAUCUGCCAUAUGUCAGCGUGUCGCUGAUACUGUGUAUAGCUCGUACCUGCUGGGCAUCUUAUAUAGGUGGCUAUACGAUGUUUAACAAGCCUAUGGCAUAAUAGGGAUUGUUCUCCCAGAAGAUACUUCUGUGGUAUCUGUCCUUAUCACAGUGUUUCCCAACCAGAGUGGCUCCAGC